GGAGUUUUAACGAAAACUGCUCGAACCUUUGUUCAAGACGGAGCUAGUACAGAAUAUGCUACUCAAGUGGUUGGUACUACUUUAGAUAAUGGUCGACUGUAUGCUAAAAUUUUAUCGACUUCGAGCAGAGUAUAUUAUGACAGUAAACCGGAAGAAGAUGAAAUAAGCCCAUUCAUAGUUUAUCCUCCACCGUCAAUAAAAAGUAAUUUACCCCACUAUUCAAAUAAUAAAUUGCUGCAAGUAAUCGAGCUUAAUAAACCGGAAAAAAAUGACCGAGAAAUCAAGGUUAACGAAUAUACCCACGAUGUUAAGGAAAACGUUAUCAUUCAAAAAGCCGAAAUUGAAGAGGAGCAAGUUAAGCCUGCGAAAAUCCAAACAGAAAAUUUGCCAACUUAUACUGUUAAGCAAGAUUAUAAUUUUAAAGAAACAGAAGAUGUUGUUAAAGUUGAUUAUCUUGAAUCUCUUCCAGAAAGAGAACCUAAGAAAAUCCUACCAUCGAUAAUAGCAAAUGAAGAAAAGAAAAAUUUAAUGACAAUAACGUAUCACGGAUUUGCAGAUUUUACAACAACAGUUGGCGAUACAGUCAUUGUUUUUUCACCUAGUACAGCUCCAGCAAGCUUUGGACGCCCUGCUACAACGAUCAAAGGAGCUGCUACUUUUCUUCCAGACGAUGGCUUCGUCAAUUCGAACAUAAAACCCACAAAAACUGCACCUAUAAUUCAUAAAAAGACUCGUGCAAUGAAUAUACCCUACCAAGAAAAUGUUAAUAAUAAUAAUAAUAAUAAGAAUCCAAGCUACUCAGAGCAGGAAAAUGAUUCAAUGUUUGAUCUGCAACCAAGUACAAAUGAAUUUUCUUCUGAAACAAGUUCAACUAAACUUGUUACCAAGCCAUUAUAUUUAAGAUUUAAUAAAAAACCACGUCCAACCAUUGGCACAAACAGAAUCAAAGUAACCGAUUCAAAAACUUUAUUAAAAAGUUUAGCUUCAAUUAAACGUUUGUCACCUACAUCUCGGUCAGAAUCACCAACUUUUAAUUUAAGAAUUAAUUCCGAUGAUGAAGAACAAGAAGAAGAUAAUUCAUAUGAAGAACUACCUGACAGUACCUCUGAAAAAAAUUCUUUUGAAAAUACGGAGACAGAAUAUGACAUCGCUAAUGAUAUUAUUCCUCAGAAUCAGCCAAGAAAUGUUAAUGGGUCCACUUCUAAUGGUCAAAAUGAAAUUCAAGAAGAAAAAAAUGACUUCUCGUUUUCAACUAGAUUGAUUCCAUCUACCUUUUACAAAACUUACACUCAUUUCACUACAUUUUUCAUCCCCCAUAAGGGACAAGUAACAACCUCAAUUAAAUCAAGAGAGGUGGUGGCCACUGAAACCACUUAUCUUAACGAGCUUAUACUGCCAACAAGUGCGCAAGAUGUAACUAAUAGCAAUCCUACGGAAACAGUAGAUCCUGCUAUACAACUCAGAGUUCAAUCGCAAGAUUUUAAAGAAGAAUCAAAAAAAGAAGAAGAAACAGAAAAACAAGAUGUUGAAGAAUUUCAACUAAUAUUCAAAACUAUAUACACUACAUUCACAUAUUUCACAACUUAUUUUGACGAUUCUACAACCGGUGUUAAAAGCCGAAAAGCAACCUCUACAAAUGUUGUUACUCUGACCGUUGAACCAAAUAAUACUUUGUAUGAAAAAUCUACAUCAACGGAAAAUUUGUCAAUAAAACCAACUAAAAUGAAUAACGAGGAUGCACUCAAAACCAGCCUUUUCGAACCCAAUACUGAAAACUAUGACUAUGUAACUGAUGAUAGUACAGAGUUGUCUUCUCCGGAAUCCGAACAAACAACAACGAUGGAUAAUUUAUCACUCAUAGAAACAACAACACCUGUAUUAGAAGACGAUCCCAAUAAUCUUCUAGAAGCAAGCCCCGUUUCAAAAGCAUCAACUUUGUUGGAAAAUGACGUAAAAACCUAUUUCACCACUUACACGUAUUUCACAACAUUAAUAACGAAAGAUAAUGAAACUAGAGUCGACUCUAGAACAGAAGUAUAUACUAAUGUUGUAAAAGGAUCCAUUGAACCAUCUUCAGUGCCUAUUAUAUCUAAUACAGAAAGUGCAGCAGCUGCCCAACAACCAACCCCAUCUCCUGAAAUAUUAGCAUAUCUGAAAAACUUGAGAGAGCAAAAAGCGCUUAGUAACUCGCCAGUAGAAGAUGCUAUGGAUUCAACUACCGAAGAUAUGAUUGAGGAAACAACAGAACAUACUGAUUUCGAAGAAACUACUCUGGAAGAUGAUAGCGACGACGACGACAGUACGGAAAAGCCAGUUACCGAUGAGGAAAACAAUCGUUCAACUAAAACCGAUGUUAAAUUCUCAUUCAGCUCUGGUGGUAGUACUAUACUCGAUACCGCCGAGAGGAGAAUGUCCCUACCCGAAGAUCAAGAACUUUCCGAAACGAACCAUCACGAGGUAGAACCUGCACCGACGCUCCUACUGCAAACUUCUUACACAACAUAUACGUAUUUUACUACGAUGUACAAUGGUAAUGCAACUGAGGUUGUAAGUCGUUUGAAAACCGUCACCAAUACCGUAACCGAAACUAUAAAACCAACCGUGGUAGUGCCAGCAGAAACAAAAACUUUGUCACCGCUGACGUAUUUCACGACCUUCACGUACUGGACGACAUUCAUCAAAGGCGACGAUACUGCUACAACUAGCCGCGAGGAGACAGUGAGUAACGUCGUUACCCCCGGUCUUAUGGAAAGUUCAGCAGUUCAACUAGAUGUCGUAAAAACAUACAGGCCAUUCGUUUUAGCAACACCGCUGCACACACUGCCUGAAAUAGAAACAUCAAAAAUUCAUUCAGAAACUUCAGAAAUGAGUGAUAAAACUGUCAUCGAUGCGGUUGAGGAAACGCCGACGUUGACGAUGGAUGAGCUUACUUCUAGCAUUGAACUGGAACCAGUAACUCUAUACACGACUUACACGUACUUUACAACAUCAUACAUCGGCAAUUCGACCUUAUUAAACAGUAGGCUCGAGACUGUGACUAGCGUAUCUCAAGCGGAAAAGGCGGUAAGAGCAACGGCCACUCCCCGUGCUAUUGGUGGAGCUGCGCCCGCAUCCCAAAUUCUUAAUACCGAUGAUUUACACACGGAAACUUACCCAGUCGACUCUCCCUCUACUGGUUUAUUAUCGACGAAACGACACAGUACGGUUAACGACGGUAUUACGACGCAUUAUACCACGGAAAUUUAUGGAACUUACGUGGAUGGUCUUUACGCUCAGGUACUCGAAACAUCUUCGAACAUCGAGCUUCCUUCUCCUGUCUAUUCUUCUUCAGCUACACCUGGCCUCCCAAUUGGACUAAUCUCAUUGAACAGAGGCUCGAUUGUGGAUGCUGAUAGCAUAACUACAACGUUCUAUACUACGAAACAAAUAGGAACGACGAUCGAUAACUCGUAUACCAAAUUUAUCGAAAGCACUACUUCCACGAAGAUAGAUGAAGAAAAACUGGCUACUUACACCGCCCCGGCAAAUCCUCAUCGCGAUGGGCUUGUGAGACUUAUCGAAGGCCAAAUCGAAAUCAAUGGUACGACAACUCAUUAUCAAUCUAAAGUUAUAGGAACCAGCAUCAGUGGACGCUAUGCUCAAAUCAUUGAAAGCUCGUCCAGUGUAGUUUUGAGGCCCACAUCUACACUCAAUUUCGCUACUCUCCAGAAGAGCCGCGAUCCAAAUGUAUUGGGCGUAUUACCUUCGCCAGCUGUUAUUCAGUCAUCCUUAUCAGAAGAUGCAUCGGACGAUGCAUUGAAUGAUCCCGAUCACGAAGAAAUUGACAGUGACAUCGAUGACAAAUUGAAGAAAAAGUCUAGAUUAUCUUUCGUUUCGAGAAAGAAACCAUCUAGUGCUCCUCCAAUCAGACCUUUUGCGUCCAGAAGUCGGCCAACGUUCAAUCCAAAAAGAAAGCCACAAGGAGCUACGACUAUAACUAGAAGUGAUAUUACACCCACAAUCACAGCUACACUCACAGCAGGAAAAGGUCGCUACGCAUCUUCGAAAAUAAGAAGCUCGCCUUCUUCCGGAUUUAGCACGUUGAACUCGUCGAAUUCUAGACGAUUUUCAGGCAGAAAGAGCUCGUCUCCAUCUUCAUCGAUUGCCUCGACUAACUAUCCUUCUGCAUCGUCAAAAAUAAGAGGUAGUAUUAGAACAACCCCAUCUUCGUAUUAUUCUUCAACUCGUCGAGCUUCUACGCCAAUUCGAGGUUCCUCGAUUCGUUCCAUCAAUAGGGGAUCAUCUAUUCUUCCUGUAUCCGUAUCAAGGAGUAGAUUAGGAAUCCGUGCAUCUCCAACGGUUUCACGAGCCGCAACAGUAAAACAAGAAGAACUAGAGAACGUGAACGAUGAAGAAUCUUUGAAUGCCAAAGAUUCUGCGCAGGAUAACCCGGAAGAUGAAUCAAACGCAGCUACUGCACAGACAACUACGGAAUCUGCUAGGAAACAAAAUCCUCUUGUCAAAUUUCGAAGACUCACAAUUGCAACGAGACCAACGACCUCUAAACCUACUACCACAACAAAUGCCCCAAGACGAAUUAAUACUCCAAAUAGAAAUGUUGCCACCACACGCAGUCCACCAGUUCAAAGGAAUACAACACGUAGCACGCCAAAAGCUCGUGCCGGUAUAUUGCCAUCUCGCAAUUUCUUCGUCAGAAAACCCGAAGCGAAUACAGAGUCAGAGAGAAAAAAUAAGCAGUUCAAAGAGGAAGAACAAUUACCCGAGGAACCGGUAAGAGAAAUUACCGACAACGACUACGAAGGAUCGGAGCAGAAGGAAAACGAUCAGCUCAACUCGAGAGGAAUAAAACAAAUAAAACCGUUCGCCAGUAGAACAAGUAGAGUAAGGCGAGUUCGCAGGCAGGCUAUUCAUACUAGACAGGCUGGUACACGUGGUCGUAGGCCUAGCUGGGCUUCGGAGGAAGUUUACGAUACCGAGCCCGAAAGCAGCAACUCUCGUUACGGUACUCGAAGUAGAUCGUCGUCCAUCAGCCGAUCAAAUCCUAAUUUGAGCAAAGAAGAUUUAUCCGAGGAAUAUUACGACUUACCACCAAUGGUGAGAGGACGACCACCCACUCCAAAUGCUAGAACUUCUCCUCCUCGAAUAAAGCCAUCAAUCGUGAGCAAUACCAAUAGACAGUUCACUCUGCGCGAAAAGGAUACCGCUAUACCGAGUUACAAAAGAACCACAACUCCCUCGAGGGUAGCCAAUGUAAGAUCUCGAACCAAUACCAGAAAUAGAGUGACCUCAAAUAGAUACCAAGACGUCAACAGUAUGCGACGUAGCCCUUCGCGAACCACCUCAAGGAAUGGCUCGAGAAACAACAAUCGCCGCGUGACCUCGGUUCGGGGAAGAAUGCAGGUCAAAGAGGAUUAUCGCGAUUACAACGAUUUCGAUGGAACCAUCACCGUUACUCAUUACGUGCCCACCGAAGUUACCAUACCAGUCGUUAAUAAUGGUGUGACGGAAAAACGAAACAUCAUAACAGCGGCACCCAGUACGGCAGUAAUCGGACCCGAGCAGUACAUGACGAGCAUGAACAGCAAGGGCCAAGAUGUCCUGGUAUUAGCCACCGAAAAUACAGCAACCAACUUCCAAGGACAAACUGAAAUUACCAAGUUCGUAAUACACGAAACUCCGACGACCAAAGUGUCUCACACCUUGACUUCAGCCGGAGGUCGCAGAUUUUCUCAACCAGUGGUGGUUCCUUCAACCAUAUACUCGGUUGAAAAUGUCGUCUCCACGAUUCGACCAUCUCUGAUCGACAAUGUGCCCCUGGCGAACAUACUCUUAUCGCAACUGCUGCUCGGUCAGUUGGGACAAACCCCGUUGGUUACUAGCGCACCGGCAGUGGCAGCAACACCAACGACGAAAUUCGAGACCCGAGCGACGACCUACGUGACCACGAUUACAAAGCAUCAGAGCACCGUCAUUCCGCUGACGUUCCGCGGGAAAGAAAUUUUGACGACUCUCGUUGACUCAACGACCGACGUCGUUACGGCCACGGAAUUCAUCACGGACACAGUUGUCGUCACUCCCACCGCAGUCUUGCCGGCAGCGGCAAAUCUCAACUCUCUGCUGCUGCUCUUGAAGCAGCCGCAAAAUCCGCUCGCAAAUCCGCUCGUGAAUCCGCUCUCGAAUUCCUUGCUAGAUCCGCUCUUCUCUGUGGCCCCGUCGCUCACUCACAGCAACACACUGCCCGGAGAAACCGAGAGAAGAAAUCAACCAGUGGACUUAGAUUAUAAAUCUGACAGUUACGAGGAUUUAGGUACCGAUGACGUCGAGCGCUCUUCGUUGAAAAUUGAAAAUGCUAAUUCCAUUAAAUUGAACGAGCGAGAAUUGGCAGACUCGAGCGUUGUAACAUUGUACGUUUCAGGUCGUAGACCGGGCGAGUUCAGUACUGUUCUAAGUACGGUGAAAAUCGAUGACCAGUCUAGUACCAAAAUAAAAAGAGACGUAGAUUACGCGGUCGACAUGGGGUUGUCUACUGCAUCGCUGCUACAACAGCCGACAGAUUUAUCGGGAAGCGAAGAACUUUUCCACGUUCAUAAGCCCACUCAAAGUCUUGAAAGCGUCGUGGGCAAUGUUGGACGGCACAUUUCUACGUCCAUCAGAACUUAA